UUGGCUGUUCCCAGGUUGGUACUGCACCACCCGUAAGAACACUCGUCCAACUGAUAGUCAAUCUCUGCCGGAGCUGUUGAUACCACAAUCCUAAGAAGAGAAGAGUGACCAUCCUGUUACUCGCUUAGAAAAGGAGGGUUACGUAUCCCCUCCGGCCCUCCUGAACACGAUCGAGGUUGUCUGAGGCGGGUAAUGGUGUUGUAAGGCAGUGCAAGACUACUAAGAUGUCCCUCUUUCGCAAGAGCCCAAAGAGCCCUCAGGAGGUUUCUAAAGCCUUGAAAGAUGCUCUCACAGCUCUUGAACGAUCUGAUAAGAAGGCUGAAAAGGCACAAGAGGACACCAGCAAGAGCUUAACACAGAUCAAGACAAUGCUUUAUGGCACUACUGACUCGGAGCCACAAGAUAUUGUUUUGGCACAACUGGCACAUGAAUUUUACAACACUAACAUGUUGCUUCUCUUAAUUCACAAUCUUCAUAGAAUAGACUUUGAGGGCAAGAAAGAUGUGGCACAGAUCUUCAACAACAUACUCCGCAGACAAAUAGGUAUUCGCUCUCCUACAGUAGAAUACAUAUGCACUAAACCAGAGAUUCUCUUCACUCUUAUGAAAGGGUAUGAACAUCAAGAUAUUGCUCUUCACUGUGGGACAAUGCUGAGGGAGUGUGCCAGAUAUGAGGCAUUGACAAGAAUUAUUCUCAACAGUGAUGACUUCUACAACUUUUUUAAGUAUGUUGAGGUUUCAACCUUUGACAUUGCUUCUGAUGCCUUUUCCACAUUCAAGGAGCUUCUGACGAAACACAAGAUGCUUUGUGCAGAAUUUUUGGAGCAAAAUUAUGAACGGGUGUUCUCUCAGUAUGAAAAUCUUCUAAACUCUGACAACUAUGUUACUCGUAGACAGUCACUCAAGUUGCUGGGAGAACUGUUAUUAGACAGACACAACUUUUCUGUUAUGAAAAGGUACAUCAGUAAUCCAGACAACUUGAAGUUGAUGAUGAUUAUGUUGAGAGAAAAAUCUCGUAAUAUACAGUUUGAAGCCUUCCACGUAUUCAAAGUGUUUGUUGCCAAUCCAGACAAGCCUCGACCUAUCUUAGAGAUCCUGUUACGAAAUCAAGACAAGCUUGUGGAAUUUUUGACACGCUUCCAUACAGACCGUUCUGAAGAUGAACAAUUCAAUGAUGAGAAAGCUUAUUUGAUUAAGCAAAUCAAAGAACUUAAACCUCUCCCCUCAGACCAGUAGUUUGCAAAAACUACAAGUGAUGAAGUGGCAGCAUGCAUAGUGGCUUGGUUUUCACCAGCUACUACUUGAUUGAACCAUGUCAUCAGUCUGAAGCUUGAAGAUUGUAGAGCUUCCUUAAGAAUAUUUCAGAUUAUCAGCUUUGUCCUUGGAUUAGUGUGUGUGUGUGUGUGUGUGUGUGUGUGUGUGUGUGUGUGUGUGUGUGUGUGUGUGUGUGUGUAUA